AUGGACGUCAAUCCACCACCACUCGAUAUCGGAGGUUCCCCACAACCUACAGAUACAAAUUCAGCAUCCACCUCAAAUUCACCAUCUGAGCUCAGUAGCCCUCCUCCCACCAAUGAGCAGGAAAGGGAUGGGCUGAGACGAUCCACAAGGGUCACCAACAAGAAAACAUAUCUCGAUGCAAACUCCACGCUGUCUAUGAUGCUUCAAGGCUCAACUGUACUCGAUAAUUGUAAAACAGUAGCCAAAAGAUCUACCUUGUCUGAGGAUAACGACGAUAUCGAAUAUGGUAAACCCGCAAAGAAGAAGUCUAGAUCCAGAAAGGGGAAAGCACAGUCCACAAACAAACAUAUGGCUGGAGGAUGUAGAAAGAUGAAGAAGUCUCAAAAAGUCAACAUCGAAAGAGAGAAAGAAACUGGAUAUGGAGGAUGGAGAGAUAUACCCGAUUGGGGAGAUAGGGCAGAUUGUCCAUUAUUCAGAUUGUGCGAUGAAGUAUUAGACUUAUGUUUUGGUUCAAAUCAAGAUCUCAGUAUCAGAGACUAUGUAGCCUUAGCUGGGACAUGUAGAUUCUUCAGGUUCAGUCUGAAUGAUAACGUCUGGAAGGAAAUCCUCUGGCAACAUGACGAUAGCACUAGAUGCGAAAAAGCAGGAACCUCAGAAGGAUAUAAAAUCUUUUCUCGAGGUAUCGAAGAUUGGCGAGUCGAUUCAAGUCGUAUCAUCGGACCUGAAAACAAACCCAAAGGUUAUUGGUAUCCUCGAGCUGAAAAGAGAGAUGAUUGGACUAAAGCUGAAUACGUUAUUUACAAGUCCGAGCAAUUUAUCUGGAGACAUCAACAAAAGAAGGAGAGUAGAACGGUCACAGCUGAUUAUGCGAAAACUGCAAGUAAAGCUAGAGAUCGAUGGAUCAAAUCCGGAGAAAUACCUUGUCCGAGGUAUAUUUAUGUUGGAUCAUCUUUUCGGCCAGUUUUAUCCAAAUUCAAAGGUACAAAGACUAUUGACGAAAAUCAAAUAGACAGCUCAAAGCCAGCCAGCAAUCAGGAUACGCAAAUGAGAGACACUUCUCAGAUCAAGUCUCAAGGUACAAGUGAAACUCUUGCUAGAAACAAUUCUGUGACUGCCUCCCAAGAGACUGGGUCGCAAGUCCCCGAGGAGCCAACUCACAUACUCUCCAUCGCUGAGAUCACUAGAUCACUACCACCUGAAGAUGACUGGCAUACCCCAGAUUCAGAAUACGGGUCCGACAAGGAACCGGAUAUCAAAUGGUCAGAUGUGACUGGACAAAGAGUCCCUUGGGAUCAUUAUCCUAGCGAUCACAGGAAAGAAGCUGUCGAGGAGCUGGAAGAUCAUAUUUUCACGAAAGACGCGAUCAGAGAGUUCAAGAUAUCAAAGGCUGAACUGGAUCCUCUGGACUACGUAUUACCGGGUUCUGUUCGAGGGCGUCGGUCAGCCGCCGUUGAAGCUUUGGCCAUCAGGCUUCAUGGAGGAUGGGACGGACAUCAAGCGGUGCUUCGCGAAGCGAAAGACCGAGCUGUCAAAGCAGGUCGUGCCAAACAGUGA